ACAAAAGGAAAAUGCAAGUAGCGCGCCCACCGUCGCCGUCCCUAUUCUCCACCCCGUCUAUUCCCGGAUGUUCGUUCCUGCGUUUUAGCUGGACUAAACGGGUCGGUUUCAGCUUCUCAAACGUCUGUUGCGUAGCGCCAUUGCUGCCGGCUGCUGUACGCGAGGAGGAUGGCUUUUCCAAGUACUCCGGUUAUCUUUUCGAGCUAAGUCCUGACGAGGAGGAAGCGCUUACAGAGUACAGCAUCUCGAGAAUUUAUGAAGUCUAUCAGAAUAAGCCGUUCGUUGUGCUGCGACGACUCCUCCAGGUUGUAUCCACUUUUGGAAAAUGGUUCGCCCUCAGAUACAUCGACUCCUUAAGUGGACGAGUGGACGAGAUGUUUAAGGUUAGAGCUGAGGGACUGAGGAAGAUACUAGUCCAGCUUGGUCCGGCAUAUGUUAAAAUUGCACAGGCUAUCUCAUCUCGUCCUGAUUUGAUUCCUCCUUCAUAUUUGGAUGAACUCUCACUGUUGCAAGACCAAAUUACUCAAUUUCCCAAUGAAGUUGCUUUUAGUAAAAUAGAGCAAGAACUUGGGUUUCCAUUAGAUGUACUUUACUCUGAGGUUUCACCAGAUCCUGUUGCAGCAGCAUCACUUGGACAGGUUUACCAAGCUAGGCUUCGAUCUAGCAAGCAAGUAGUUGCUGUCAAAGUGCAAAGGCCAGGAGUUCAAGCUGCAAUCUCCUUGGACAUGUUAAUUUUAAGGUUUCUAGCAGGCCUAGUAAGGAAAGCGGGGAAAUUUAAUACUGAUCUUCAGGCUGUUGUUGAUGAGUGGGCAUCGAGCCUUUUUCAGGAGAUGGAUUAUAAGAGGGAAGCAAAUAAUGCAGUCAGAUUCAGUUAUAUGGUGACAUUAAGGAUGUUAUGGUUCCAGAGAUGUAUUUGUCACAAACUACUCACAAAGUUCUCACCAUGCAAUGGGUAGAGGGGACAAAGCUGGCUGAAGUGAAGGAUCUUUAUUUGAUUGAGGUUGGUGUGUACUGCUCAUUCAAUCAACUUUUGGAAAAUGGUUUUUAUCAUGCAGAUCCGCAUCCUGGAAACCUUCUUCGUACAUAUGACGGAAAGCUAGCUUACUUAGACUUUGGAAUGAUGGGCGAAUUUAAACAAGAACUUCGUGAUAGCUUCAUGGAAGCAUGUCUCCAUCUUGUAAAUCGUGAUUAUGAUGCACUGGCCAAGGACUUCGUCACUCUUGGCUGACAAGGCUGCAGUUACAACGGCAUUAACUGGUGUUUUCCAAGAUGUUGUUGCAAAAGGAGUCCAGAAUAUAAGCUUUGGGGAUUUUCUUGCAGACUUAGGAAUUAACAUGUACAAAUUCAAAUUCCGGAUACCUUCCUAUUUUUCUUUAGUAAUUCGGAGCCUUGCUGUUUUGGAGGGUAUUGCAAUAAGCUAUGAUCCAAAUUACAAGGUUUUGGGCAGUACAUAUCCUUGGAUUGCUAGGAAAGUACUGACUGACAGCUCACCCAAACUGAAAUCUACCCUACGAGCCCUUCUUUACAAGGAUGGUAAAUUCAGGAUAGAUCGUUUGGAGUCUCUUAUAUCUGAGUCCCUCCGUGCCCGGAAAGAGAAAACCCUCACAAGGGAGCAAAGUGACUUUCGUGAAUCUAGGUUCAUUUUCAAGCAAGUUCUUGCUUUUGCUUUGAAUAAAAAGGUUACUUUCUUAAGAGAGGUACUUCUUGAUGAGCUAGCUAAGGGUUUGGAUGCACUCGGGCUUGCAACUUUUGAUUCUAUAACAACUGUGUCUACAAACCUAGCAUUGUCUUCUUCCUAUUCAUUUUCUUUGAUGACAGAUGAAGACAUUGUUAAUCUUAGAAACUUGCAGCGUCUUAUAUUAUUUCUGCAAGGACUUGAUAAAAGGCCUGGCAUGGUAUGCUCAAUUUAUUUGAUUUUGGAAGGAGUCUGAAGAGUUGCCUGCACGAAAAACUGGAGGAUCACAGUAAAAAAUUUAGAUCCAUGCAAUUGAUUUGAUUACUUUUGUAACCAUUGUUUUCAUCUUAGUGUUGCGCGUUUUCAUCUUAUGUAAUUGCCUUAUUGAUAGAGAGCAGAGAGAGCAAGGGGCGGGGACGGGCUUGAGCCCACCUUCGUGGGCUGGCUGCGGACAAUUUAAUUAAUUUUAAUUAUUCCUUUUAAUUAAAUUUCCUUUUAAUUUGAUUAGGACUUCUAUUCUUAUUAGAAUUAGAGGUUUCCUAUUUCUAUUUAGUUUCCUAGAAUGAUUUAAUUAGGACUUCUACUAGAACUAGAGGUUUUCUAUUCUAUUUAGUUUCCUAUUAUGAUUUAAUUAGGAUUCCUAUUCUUAUUAGACCUAGAGGAUUAUAUAUACCCCUUGUAUGCUUCAUUCUUGAUCAUCUUGGAAUAAAAUUGGAGUUUAGCCUUUUGGCUCUGGGCAACGUUGAUUAUCUGGGCAACGGUUUACCUCGUUGAUUUUAUUUUUCCGUUACACAACAAUUGGUCCGACCUGCCGGAUCCCGCCCCGCCGGAAUGACAAGAUCUCAGAACGAAACGAACGACUGCCAGAAUUGGAGGCCGAACAUGCCCUGAUCAAUCAAAAGCUUGACACGCAAGGACAGAAACUUGGCGUGCAGGGGCAGAAACUUGACUCGCAAGGAAGAGCAGGCCGCCCAGCUUGCGGAAAUCGCAGCCUCCCUGGCAGCGAUCGCGAAGGCCAUGGUGCCGCCGGCGAAGUCUCCAAGCGUGACCGUCGAAAGCGACUCCUCCGCCCACGUCGCGACUGUCUUCCCCGAUGAUGGCGGAACGCGCAGCGCUUCCACGACGCUACUUCCCUCGUUCGACGGUGAAGACCCGAUUGGAUGGCUGACGAGAGUGGAGCAACAGUUAGAGCUCAACAGAACCCCACCUCACAGACAAGUUGGAAGGGGUUGCCCUCUUUUGGGUGACUUGGUUGAAGGCGCGCAAACCCGGCAUGACCUGGGCAGACUGGUGGCCAGAUUUGAUUCCCGAUUUCAGGGUAAUCAGUUUGAACGCCUGGCUGGCGCCAAACAAAUUGGAUUAGUGGAGGACUACAAUACCCUAUUUGUUCAGUUAGCCAGUCAAGUUCUGGGAUUGUCCGAUGAUCGUUAUUUGGGAUACUUCAUGAACGGGCUAAAAGAAUCAAUCUGCAGCUCGCUACACUUGUUUCGACCAGGUAACUUGGAAGAAGCCAUGAAAUUAGCUCGCAAUGUGGAACAUAAUUUGUCCGUCCAGAAUGGAGGAAGUGGCAGCCCGAAUUAUAUUCCAGCAGGGGUACGUUCCAACAACUUUUUAAUGUCAAACCCGAGUCCUCCGUUGACUGCCAGUGGUGGCAACCUACAGGGAUCAAGCGGCAGCUUUCCGAAGGAUAGUGGACAGCACCCGGGCACAAUGUCAGGACUGUCCGGGCAGCCUGCGACACGCUCUCAGUUCACUCGACUUCCGCCGAAAGAGUUUGCAGAAUUGCGGGCAAAAGGAUUAUGCUCUAUGUGUAAGAAACCAUUUACACCAGGGCAUGACUGUCCCUUUAAGCAGUUAUGGGUAAUGAUAGCUGAGGAGUAUGAGUUGGACCUCCAACAACAUGAGUAUUGUGAAAUAACCGGCCAGGAAAAGGUUCUGAAAGGCCAGGGGAGUCCGGAAGGAGAUGAAGGAUAUUUUUCAGUCUAUUCUAUGGCUGGAAAUUUCAGUUCACGGUCCGCGAGAUUUCAACCUUCAGGACAAGGUUAUUGUGAAGGAGGAUGGAUUGAUAGAGAGCAAGGAGAGCAAGAGGCGGGGACGGGCUUGAGUCCACCUUCGUGGGCUGGCCGCGGACAAUUUAAUUAAUUUUAAUUAUUCCUUUUAUUUUAUUUCCUAAUUUAUUUUGUUUCCUAGUAUGAUUUAAUUAGGACUUCUAUUCUUAUUAGAAUUAGAGGUUUCCUAUUUCUAUUUAGUUUCCUAGAAUGAUUUAAUUAGGACUUCUACUAGAACUAGAGGUUUCCUAUUCUAUUUAGUUUCCUAUUAUGAUUUAAUUAGGAUUCCUAUUCUUAUUAGACCUAGAGGAUUAUUUAUACCCCUUGUAUGCUUCAUUCUUGAUCAUCUUGGAAUAAAAUUGGAGUUUAGCCUUUUGGCUCUGGGCAAUGGUAAUUUUACCGUUGAUUAUCCGGGCAACGGUUUACCUCGUUGAUUUUAUUUUUCCGUUACACAACACUUAUCCCCAGACAUUCUUACUCUUUACCAGAAUUUACUUAAUCAAUUUAAGGGUCUUUUAUGACGCAAUUGGGCAACCAUUAAGUUUAGACGCUCCUCAUUACUAACUGUUAUUAAGAGGGCUAAUGACUUCAACUUAUACUCUAAGCAGGGGGAGCUAUCAAACAGAGCACCUUUUUCCCUUGCUCAUUUUGGAUCUGCUCAGGAACUGCUAUCACUUCUUUCUGUCAUUGCUGAGCUCCCACAAGAUAUGCAACAAGAGUUGGUGUUGCGUUUACCAACUGAUUUAGCAGGAAAGGUAGCUUCACGUGUUGCUGCGAGGACACUGCGUAGGAUCUUAUUGUAAAGAGAUUCUCUAUCUAUUACAGUAAAAUCUAUAGAAGACAUCGAGUGUGUUUUGAAUAUAAUAGUACUGAUGAAUGAAUUUUUGAGAUUUAAUCUUUUACCAAACCAAAUUGGAUUGUAAUUAUUUCCUUCAUAAAUGAGCUCAAACGUUUCAGUUCAUCAUGUGUCAUGCUUGGUGAACAAUAGAUUGAAAUUCUCAGUUAGAAGUUAGAGGAG